UGGCGAGCGUCUGCCAUUAUUUCCCUCGUUCGAUGCCGAAGCGAAUUCCGUGGUUGGAGAGGGUCAUUGCAGCCGACGAGGCCGAUGCAGACGUCGUUUUGGUGGGGUUCAAGUCCUAUGAUGUAGCCAAAAGCAACACUAUGGCGUGUACUAUGUGCCUCGCCUCCGAGCACCAUCGUAUGCGAUACAGGCUGCUUGUAUGCACCUCGAGUGCAUGCAGUGAAGCUCAGGAAGAUGCUUGCGCGUGGCGGGGAAAGAUACUAACGUGUCUAAGUACAAAUCGAGUCUCCGUCUACGACUACGGCGACCAUACGGCCGAGGGUUUCUCGCCAAAAAAGAAGAAACUGAGUGCGUCCCAGAAGACCUUCUGCAGAGAGAUGGCGAAGAAUCAGCUUCGGCCCCUACGAAUCCGUCACGCCAUGGCUUGCAAGUUCUCGACUCCGCUUGAGAAUUUGCCAAACUUAAGCGUCGUCCAGAACUUUGUAAACCACUAUUCCAGGACCAAUCUCGAGAACCACGAUAGGGUGGAUGAGAUAAGAGAGUGGAUCCAUGCGAGGAACUUUACCGGAGCAGAGUCAAAGGACCAGGCGUUCACGUUUAGCUGGGAGGUGGACGAGAAAGGCAAGUCCGUAGUGGGGAAUGGAUCAGAUGCGAAGCCGUUCGUUAUUGAGCUGACCACGAAAGGGCUCGUUACACAAAUGCUACUGCCACCGGACAGCUUCAUCCUGCAUGUAGAUGCAACAUACAAGAUGAAUCAUCGGGGAUAUCCAGUCGUGGUUGUUGGCAUUUCGGACCGCGCUAGAGUCUUCCAUCUUGUGGCGCUGUUUAUCGUCUCCCAAGAAACUCAGCCUAUCUUCGAGGCUGUGCUACUUUCUCUACGGCGUUUAUUUUACUAUAUAACGUGCAGGGACCUGGUAGUGCGGUACGCGUUGGCUGACGCGGACCAGGCGCAGUAUAACGCACUCAGCUCGAAGACGAUUAAAGGAUUUCCCUCGCUCCUAUCAUCUAGCGUAAUGCGAGACGUAUACGAUCUGCAUUUUGUGCGAAGCGAAUUCGACUUCGUGCGAAUGCGGGAGCAAAUUUUGUCGAACUGGAAAAGCAACCCGUACUUGGUGGGAUUUGCUCAGUAUAUGACGGACCAAUGGCUGUAUGGGAGGUACUGGAAGUGGCAGCGCUACUUCACGCCGCCGGGCUUCGCCUCGACAAAUAACCCGGUUGAAACGUUCAAUGCCCGUUUAAAGCGCGACUACACUUUGAGACGUAGGCUCAAAAUGGGUACACUACUGCGUGAGUUGUCUGCCUGUUGCCACGACGUUUCGUCUACCAUCCGAUCUUUCAGUUUUGAGAUUGCUAUCCAGCCCACCCUCACACGCAGGGUGAGCGAGAUGGUCAAACAAUCGUUAAUAGGCUUCUGGAACGGAGGUUGUUCGCCUCCUGCGUGUGCUGUAAGCUCCGACACGGUACAUGUGGUAUCGAGGAUGGCGCAGCGAGUUCAAGUUGCUCCACACAAAAGGACUGAGGUCGGGAUCGCUGUAUCUGCGCAAAUGGGCGCGAACUACGCUCGUAUGGAGGUUCAAGGGCAGCCUUGGGGAGGUUGGCCAGUUGAUAUCACGCACCGCUGGUGUCCUUGUGGCUACUGCUACGCAUUUGGUAUAUGCGUGCAUGUACUUUUCGCUCUUCGCGCUACGGAGACUGUCGACAGCAGUGGACGCAACGUGCUGGUCAAUCGCAACAAGCGAAAGCGCAGCGGAGGCGACUCGGGGGGAAGACCACGUGCUGUUGGGCCUGAUUUGACGUUUUAG